AUAUUAGCUGAGAAAAGUGUACAAAUAACGAGUGGCCGAGGACCAUCAGGACGCUCGUGGUUUCGAACGACAGACGCAGUACCCGAGGUCCUUCCGCGAUUUUUUCCCGAGAAUCACCGUCAAAAUCUCCCCGAUGCCUCUGUUACAGGGCCAGCCCUUCAGGCUCAUCAAGCCGCCCGACAGUGUGGAGCCUGGGACCAAGUUAUACGUCAUUCAGCACACUGGAGAGAAGUUUGUCAGUAAAAGUGACUAUGAAGACCGAUUAGCUCUGUACAGCCAAAGCAUUUGGACCUGUCAGUGCACUGGCAAGUCUGGCCUGACUCACCAAGAGGCUUGGACAAGCGAGGCUAAGAUUCGUAUCCUUCUUAGCUCCUCAUUUCCCACACCCCUCCUGCAACCCAUUCUUCGUACUCUUCAUCAUAGUACAUUGCCAUUAGAUCAGUUAGUGGAAGCUGCAGCAAAUCUAUGCUAUUCCCGGUUUCACCCUGGUGAAGAGCUUACUUUACUGGGACUACAGCCGAUGCAAGUCCGUGUCAUCAGUUCCAAGGAGAGCAACAAUGGUGUAAUCAAUGCAGGAAGUAUGGCCAAUGGAAAGGAGACAUCCCCUUUGCCAAAAACUCCAGCUACUCCUCUUACCAACGGUUGUUCUCACGCUUGUGAGGGUUCAAUGGUCAAUGGCACACGCAAUGGUACAGCUGGGAGUGAAGAGUCGAGUCCCACGAGUGGAGGAAAGGGAAAGGACGACUCCCCUGGAAAGAAAAAGAAUCCGUUACUUCCAUUAUUGUAUGACGUAUCAGUGAUAGGAGAAGACAAAAUCAUGACAGACGUUCCGGCAAAAUAUCUCCAGCGAACAUAUAAGGUUCCUCCAAAAGAGCAUUUUCGUUUGUUUGUGCGAGCUAAUGCAAUUAGACAGCGUUCGAGUGCAUAUACCCCAUGGCUUGUGUCAGAAGAACUAGUUAAGCAAUAUAACAUUCCCAGUAAGCUGGCUUCAAUAUUUACACAUCCAAGAACAAAUUCAGUAGCCAGAAAGAGAAAGGCAGAAGGAUUAAGUGAAGAAAAACCCAAGAAAGCAAAAAGUGAAAAGACAAAACCUGAAAAGACGAAAGGUGAAAAGACUAAAGAGAGUGUUAAAAGAAAGAAAGCUGAUCCUGUUUCAAAAUCUCCAAAAGUUAGGAAACCUAAAGAAAAACGGGAUCCUAAUGCCCCAAGAAAAAAACCUGGUCCAAAGCCAGGCUUCAAGAGAACUCCAAAGCCAAGCCAAAAUUCAGAACCACCAAAGCCUUCUGCAAGGUUACAGAAACCUGUGAAAAUAGAGACUAGUGAUAGUGAUGAUAAUAUAUCUCUUGCAGUUUUGGCAAAUAAGUCACCAAAGCUAGAAAAUGGAACCUCUGAACAGCCAAAAGUGAUUACUCCUCCAGGUAUUGUUCCUUUAGAACAGCCUGUGAAAAGAGAGGUUGCAAAAGAUGGAAAGGAGCAUGUCAGAGGAGUGAGGAAGAUGAAACAAGCAACUCUCUUUGAUUUGAAGACUCCAAGGAAAAAUACCGAUGGAACACCCAAACCCAAAGUUACUCCUAAAAAAUCACCCCAGAAAAGACGGCCAACUGCUGAGGCUGUAAUGAGAAUUCCCAUCAUGAAGAAAAUGGUGCACCAAUAUAGCACUCUAAAGGGUGUAAAAGGGACUGGACGGAAGCUGGUUCACACUAUGGAUCAAGUAAUCAAGAAACUUAGUCUAAACCAAAUUGAGGUUAUACCUGAUGCUGAGCUUCGUGAACGAAUAAUGAGUCGUCAUGAGCGUAUGUUAGAGAAAAACACAUUAGCUAAAUUGUCACCAGAAGAGAAAGAGAACUAUCUUAAACAAAAGGCCAAGGAUGAAGCAAGAAAGCGCCGGCAGUUUAUAAAGGAACGAAACCAAAAAAUAGAGGAUAAACUUCUUGGUAACUUGAAGCCUCUUCCCCAACCCCAGCUUGUUCCUACACCAGAGGAGAUCCCGAACUCUCUGUUUGGUGAUGUGGCCAUGGUGGUGGAGUUCUUAGAGUGCUACUAUGGUAUUGUACAUACAGACAAGAAGAAAUCUAUAUCUUGUAGUCAGUUGAUGCAAGCACUAGCAGCAGGGCCUAAUGGCUUCAAGUAUGUUGCAGAGGUCAUGUGUCUCAUUCUACAUCUAAUUAUUGAUGAUAUCCGGUUAGGUGGCAUAAAGGAAGUGGGCGUUAAAAUUAAAGAUCUACCAGUGCACUACCAGACUGCCAUAGAGCUUGCCCGCCUUUGCCUGAGUAAGCGGGAUUUCUCUGAAUCAGCCAGUCAACACUCUGAUGAUAAUACUGAAGAAGGGGAGGAACAAAAUGAAUUGUCUGAUGGUUUGAUUCAUAAAUUGGAGUCAAGUGACUUGUACGAAUUGCAACCUGCUGAGGUUAUUGCUGUACUGAAAGCUCUUUGUCAUCAAGCAAUUGCUUCAGACACAGUCCUGGAACAUGUUGAGGACAUCGAGGAGAAAGCAUACAUGCUUUAUAAAGAGCGUGCCCAACUUAAAAAAAUCAGUUUGAAAGAAGAGAUGGAAAAGAAGGAGCAAAGAAAACAGGAGCGCUUGCAGAAGAAAAUUGAUAAAACCAAAUCACCCAAGAAGACUCCAGGCCGCCCCAAAGGUUACAGUCCAAAGAAAAAAGCAAUGACCCUUGACAACUUCUAUGGUAAGAAAGAGGACGAGAACAACACAGAUUUAGCCUCAAGAGUGAAAAGAAGACGGUUGACUGCUGAAGAAUUAAACAGAGAGAAAGAAUUAAACAAGAACCUGCAAAGAGAGCAGAUGGAGAGAGAAGAAGAAGAAAAAAGACGGUUAUUAAUAGUCCAGGAGUGUGAGAGAGUGUUGAUGCAGAAGGACAUGCUAAUUCGUCUCCAGCCCCUGGGAGUAGACCGCAACCAUGACCGCUACUGGCUCUUCAACAACACAACUCCUGGUCUUUAUGUCGAGAAGGGCUGGGUAGAUACAAACACUACUUACUGUUUACAGUCUGGAAGUCCGAAAAAAAAGCCACCAACUUCAGUCUCGCGCAAUUCAAUAACUAAUGGCAAUGAAGAUUCUGGGUCAGACUCGGAUGACAAGCCUUUAGCUGCUAUUAAGGAAGAAUUGUCUACUGGUAGCCCCAAAGAGGAACAUGUGCUAAGCAAGCCCAAACUACAAAUGAUGGAUGAGGAUAACCAAACAUUCCCUCCAGUUGGACAAAACAUGUGGUUUUAUUAUAACUCGUUAGAAAGAGUGGAUGAGCUGUUGGAGUCUUUAGCAGACAAGGGUAUACGUGAGUCUAAACUGAAAAUCAGCAUCAGUCAAGUUAAAGCACAGCUAGAGGUCAACUUAACCAAAGAAUGGAGCCCAUUAGAAGAUCUUGAAGAUGGUGGUAAGCAACUGGUAGAGUCGUUACGUGAGGACAUCAUUCAAAUUGAGCGUGAGCUCUCUGAGGGUUGGCUUGGAGCAGUCUCAGAUCCAGACGCAUGGGAGAAAAAAGCCAAGGAGGCAACAACCUUACAGGAGCUAGGAGAAUGUCUGAUGGAGGCACAAAAGCACAUGCAUUUUAAAUACCUGAAGGGCAUGAUGCAACCCUCCAAAAAGCUUAUACCGUCUGAUAACCCAGAGGCUGCACCAGAAUAUGAUGAGUGGGAGAACCCAGCGGUACACAAGUGGCGAGAGGCUGUGAUGACCUGUCAAACAUUUUCACGUAUGCAUAUGCUAGUGGGCAUGUUUGAUUCCUGCAUCAAGUGGGAAAAGUCUAUUGCUACUAAGAAAUGUAAAGUAUGUCGGCACCAACACACAACCACCCCCUUAGCUAUUUGUGAAAAGUGUGAAGUUAGUUACCACUGGAGUUGCUUACGGCCCCAGUUAAGGGAGGAACCCCCCGAGCCUUGGCUCUGCCCGGGUUGUCAACCCCAAAAAAAUAGUCGACUAGAAAGGCAUAAGAGAAAUCAAGAAUACGAUCCCAGUGAAAAGGAAAAAGUAUGUAGAGUGUGUGUUCGUGGUUUAGGCCUUAUCUUUUGUUGCAAGUGUCCUGCUGCAUACCAUUCUGAGUGCCACGAUCCACCACUUCAAACACGUGCCAGGAAAGACUGGGCAUGUGUAAAUUGUACUAGAGCAAAGAAGAGAAAGGGUUUUAAAUAUCUUGUAACUACUAAAGACCAGUACCAGUCAGAAAGUGAGGAGGAAAUGGUUACUGAGAGAAAAAGCACAUCUAAAAGUUCCACCAAAGCAACUCAGAAGAGAAAGACUGUUCAGAAACGUGGUGGGGGUCGGGGUAGAAGUCUCAGAUGUUCUUCUCGUAAAAAGUAUGUGGAAUCUGAUGACGAAGGAAAUGAAGAUGAUACUGAUUUUGUGGCUACAACUAGACAAAGAAGGAGUGCUCGAACAACUACCUCUCAGAAGAAGAAUUAUAAAAUAAUAAGCGAUGAAGAGGACGACAAUUCUGAACAAGAGGAAGAAGGGGAAGAAAAUAAUAUGGAUGAAGAGGAAGAGAAUGCAGAACAAGAUGAGGAAAAUAUGGAUGAAGAUGAGGAGGAGGAUGGAGAGCAAGAUGAAGAGGAAGAAGAGGACAAUGGGGAGCAAGAAGUAGAAGAGGAGGAGGAAGAGGAAGAUGAUAAUGGAGAGCAAGAUGUAGAAGAGGAGGAGGAGGAGGAAAAUGGGGAGCAAGAAGUAGAAGAGGAGGAGGAGGAGGAGGACAAUGGGGAGCAAGAAGUAGAAGAGGAGGAGGAGGAGGAGGAGGACAAUGAGGAGCAAGAGGAAGAGGAGGAUGAAGAGUAUAUGACAAGAGAUUCAUGCACAUACUGUGGAUUAGGAAUGGACAAGAAUGGAGGACAGGCAAAACUCCGACCUUGUAUGACCUGUGAUGUUGCAUUCCAUCCUAACUGUGCACAAGAAGCUGUUGGCAGCAAGAUUGUGAUCACAUAUCAGUGUUCUAAGUGUUUAUGAAACUAUAGAAGUGCAUCCAGGUCUUCUAUGGAAAUGGCUAAGGGCAGUGAAGACAAGGAAAAUGAAGAUGAACAAGAUGAAAACGGACCUGAAGAUGUAGAGGGGGAGGAGGAUGAUGAGCAGGUAGAUGACGAGGAAGAGGAGGAAAAAGACGUUGACGAAGAGGAGGAGGAUGAGGAUAAUGAGAGAGAGCAUGAGGAGGAAGAGGAUGAGCAGAAUGAUAGUGCAGAUGAGUAGUUUUCUGAUAUAGAUCAAGGGAAUAAGGCAACAUCCAUUAAAUACUCCUCUUGAGAGCAGUUCGCUAUUAGCAUCUCUUUCAUCUCGGCAUCACGAAAGUUUCUUAUUUUGUAUUUAGGCGAUUCUUAUGGUUCUUUGUUCACAAAACGUUAAAGUUCUUUAUAUCCAUCGAUGAAGGAUGUAUAGUGUAACGAUGAACAUCUCUUACGUAGGAGCUUAAUAGAUGUUAGGUGUAGCACAUAUCUACUACAAUCAUUUGCAAUAGUUUCAAACCCUUACUAACACCUAUAAACAUUAAAGUAUCAAUAGUUUCUUUCUGUUAAAAGUUAGGAGAAAAUAAUCAGUGUGUAUAAAUAUGAGUGGGGAAAAUUGUUAGGCUAUAAAUGAAUUCACGGUCCACCAGCUUGGAAUAUUUAACACAACUUUUGUAGUAAUAGAUCUUAGUGUUUCACUGGAAUGAUUCAUUACUGACGAAUUAUAAUUUUUAAAGUAUUUUAUUGUUAAACUAUUUACGAUAUUGCAGUUAGCGUUUAGUGUAUCCCAGUUCAACAUUCCAGUAAAUUAUAAUAGAACAAAAUUCAACCAAUUCUCAAUUAAUAGGGUACUGAAAUUUUAUUUGGUCAUUGAUAUUGAAUUGCUCAUCUAUCAGUAAAUCUCGUGAGAAAAUCUUGAUGUCUUAAUGUCAGCCGUAAAUAUUGCUUCCAUUAUAGAGGUAGCCAAUCUGCACAGCAUGGGUACUAGCCCUCCUCACAAUUUGUAUAAGGAACCUCUCGGAAAUAAAGUGAUGGGUUCAGGAAUGGUUCCUGUCUUGGUAUACAGAUGAGCUUGGGUCUGAUAUUUUUCCUGUGAAAAGUAUGUUUAUAGAAUACAUCUAUUUUGUGAUACUUCUGUAUAUAUAUUUAGUAUUUAUUAAUAUAAAUCAAUGUCUUAUCGUACUGUCGGCUUCACUUUGUCUAGUUUCUAUAAAAAGUUCCAUUUUAUGUGAUGAUGAUUAUUGGGGACGAGGUCACUAAUGCUGAUAAAAGCUGUAAACAGCCAACACAUAUUCCAAGCAGCUUAUGCAUGCAGGUCAGUCAGAGUAGUGAAAGAGAGAGAUACCUCACAUAGUUUUCUUCUUUGACAGGGUCUUGCUUUUUAAUUAAAUUUGAAACAGAUUGAGGGGGAGGGAGUAUUGUAGGAGGAUUUUUUUAGUUGGAAGUGGAAGUUUUGUUGGUAUAGCAUAGUGAAGGAAACCCCUGGAAGAGAUAGUUUUGCUUUUGUUCAUCCCACACCUCCAGUCUCUUUGUGUCUAUUCCUCCUCUUUCUCACUCUUUCCUCUCUUAACCCACCCCCUCCCCAGGCACAGUGUGUACAUACUCCCCCCUUCCCCCUUCUUUUCUCACUUCCCUCUCUUAAUCCCUCAUUCCCCUCCCCCUUCCCCCAGGCACAGUGUGUGUACAUGUAUUGCUAUCCAAUUACUAAAUUUGGAAGAAGUACAGUAUUAAUAGACUAUCAGCUGUUAUUAAGGAGGUAUCAAGUUUGCUUUUUUUUGUAUUUAUUCUUGUUUCUCUUAAGAUUGUGUACAAAAUGUGUAUACUAACUUCAUAAGAAGAAUUAACAUAACAAUUGCAUUGUUUUUAUUAAUAAGUGGGCUUUAUCAGUAUGCCAAGAAUAUAGUGUGCAUGUUUUCAGCAGCUUGGUAUCACAGUACACUAAUAGUGUUCAGGAGCCGUUGUUAUUGUGUCUGUCGUAUGCUAUGGGGUCUGCAAGGGUUGUAGUCUGUUUUUUUCUUGAUCAUUCUAUAUUUCAAGAUAUAAUAUAAUUAGAAUGACCAAUUGUUAUUCAAAGCUUGAAGCAACUAUGUACUCGCAGGUUGGAAAUCAACCAUUAGUUUCUUCUCCAUCAUCAGAUGGAGAAAAAGUUGCCACUGGCUACUAUGUUGUUAAUGGAUUAUAGGGACUGGCAAGUGUAUGGAUAAUGUAAAUGUAAAAUUGUAAUUCUAAUGUAUAUUGUUUGAUAGUAAAAAAAAAUAAUUGUUCUGCUCAUUUGCUGUAAACAACAUUUGUUAAUGUGAACCUCAUCAUAUAGGCUAUGAAUAGCUGUUUGUCAGUUUGUAAAUGCUAUUAAUAGUCACUUUCAGUUUAUGAAUAAAAGAGUUUUUAUUAUUGA